AAAGAAAAAAGUGUCUCCGUUUCCGUCUCGUCUAACCCUUCGCAACUCCUCCCAGCCGUGCUAGCGCUCCGAGUUUCAUGGAGCCGUCUCCCUUGCCUUCGUUUGUGUUGUGCUCGCAUUUAUGUUUUGCAAAUAUGUCGCAGAUGCGAAGAAGACUGCCAACUUUUAAAGCCUGACAUGCUAUGAAGCUUCUGGCCACGUGUGGUCCGUAACUCUUCGUAAUAUCACUGCGAUGAUUCCUGUGCUUGCCUGAGCUCCCAGCGUUGGCUCGGGGCGCGCUCGAGAAGCAAAAUGCCUGGUAAAGUCAGAGUCAAGCUGUUGGCGGCGAGGAGCCUGCCCAUCAUGGACAGAGCAAGCGAAGCCUGUGAUGCAUUUGGCGAGGUUAAACUUGGAAAUACAUGCUUUAAAACAGAAAUAUGCAAGAAAUCACUCAACCCACAGUGGAACUCCGACUGGUUUCGUUUUGAGGUUGAUGAUGAGGAACUGCAAGAUGAACCGCUGCAAAUCAGGAUAAUGGACUAUGAUACGUAUAGUGCGAACGACGCCAUUGGGAAGGUGUACAUAGACUUGAAUCCUUUGCUUGGAAAAGACGUGGGGUCCACAUUGUCUGGCUGGCUCCCUAUUUAUGACACUAUGCAUGGUAUUCGGGGGGAGGUCAACCUAGUUGUUCGAAUCGACCUAUUUAGUGAUUCUAAUCGGUACCGGGAGUCAUCAUGUGGUGUGCGCUUCUUCUACAGCAGUGGCAUCCCCCAGGGUUACCAUGCCCAUGCCAUACUUGGCUUUGUAGAGGAGCUUGUCGUUAACGACGACCCUGAGUACAAGUGGAUUGACAAGAUUCGUACUCCUCGGGCAUCUAAUGAAGCAAGGCAGACAUUGUUCUCAAAACUCUCUGGUGAAGUUCAGCGGCGCAUUGGCCACAAAGCUUUGGAACUUGGUGGAAACACGGUUGUAGCCUAUCGUCAGUGCUUUGACUUAGAAGGAGAGUCUGGUGUCGUGGUACGAGGCAUCGGCACCGCUGUAACCCUUGUGAGGAUUGGCCAUCCUCUCACCUUGUCACCUUUGAAGGAAACCAUCAGAGAGUCCCCCUCUGAGGAGUCGCCCCCUCACCCCCUCCCUUCACCCCCGAGGAUGACCCCAGUGGCAGCGUUUUCAAGCAUCCCCCUGCAGAGGGCCUCGGACCCGGAUCUCCACGCGGGAGUACCGGCUGCAGCUGCUCUCAGUGCAAGCUCUGGAAGUAGCACUGGUGGUGGGCCAAGGCAGUUUAUCAAUAGGCCUGCGCUGGCGCGGGAAAGUCUGGACAUGCUGGAGUACCCCUUCAUCACCAUGAAGCAAUUUCCACAAGGGUUCAUUCAAAGUAUUGGGGGCGUUGUGUCUGCAAGAUCUGUGAAGCUUCUCGACCAAAUCAACAAUCCUGAUGAACCCGAAACGCGUGAUGCUUGGUGGAUGGAGCUGAGGAAAGAGAUUCGCUCCCAUACACGUUCCCUUGGAUGCAAUGUUGUACUAGGUUACAACGAAACCACAAACAUCUGUGAUGAGGUGGUGAUUCUGUCCGCGAGUGGGACAGCGGUGCUAUUGAACCCAGUGGUGGAUCGAGAGAUGGGAACGGCACCCACGGCAAGGCACUCUGUCGUCCCAGCACCUUCUAACACGGACAAGGAGAAGUCUGCACGCUCAACUGACACCGGCUCAAAGCCUGCAGGAGACAGCCUUGAUGAUGCAACGAGCAAGCUGGACUGCCGGCUAUGCCACAUUCCUUACAAUGAAGCAAGCGUUCCUUUUCAAGCUCAGCUAGUUAAAUGCGGUGUCUGCAGACGUGCCAAGGUGCCUGAUGUUCUCUUCACGACGAUCGAGCCGCCCGCUGGUAUGCCUAUUGUAGGCAAGAGCUGCCUCAUCCAGGCAAGAGUAUGCAGGAACAAGAAGGACCUCAAAGGGGAGCAAAAUGCCCGAGAGAUUAGUGAUAGUCUUCCAUUCCUUGAGAUUGAAUUACAUCGUCAAAUACAGACUAAGCUUAAGCUCAAGAACCUGAAUGGUAUUUUCGGCUUGAAAGUGCAAGUUGCCAUUGGAGAGCGCCUUAUAGCUGGAAUAGCCACUGGAACUGGUGCUUACCUCACAGCAAUACCACUGCCUUCUUUACCCAUUCCAAAGCUACUUAGUCGUCGUCAGGAUCAAACAGCAUCGAAACAGAACGGCAAAUCCACGGGUGACUCUGAUACCAGCGAUGAUGAACGGGUCACUUUUGACAAAAGCCACACAGGAAAAUACGAUGCCUGUGUUGUGGAGUUGGAUGAUACCGAGGAUGCUGUGAAUAUUUUGAGAGAGCCGCAUAUGCCUGAAGGAUUUGCCAUGUGCAACACAGAGGUCAUGCCUGGCAUGGAUGGCUUCAGCUGCAACCUUCAACUGUUUAUGCAAACGUACCGAGCCAAGCUGUUUCCCGGAAUACAUCCAAGUCGAAUACUGUCCCAACACUUCGACCAUAUUAUUCAAAGUCUUUUUGUAAAGCUUCGUAAAUUGGUUCCAUGUUGCUUAGCAAGUUUAAGUUUCCAUAUUGAGCUUCCUGACCAAGAUGAACUGCAGGUGGCUGUUGUCGGGACUGCUGUCAGCUUGGAUGAUUGUGCUGCGGAAGCUGAGGUGAUUGCCAAACCCAAGCCCGUGUCAGCCUCCACUGAAGCAGAGCAGGAGCUAAUAUUUAGAAUGGAUGAGGAAAAACACACCGACCAAGCGCCGCCUCUUAGUCAGAAGCAGACCAGGUUCCCAAGGCUUUCCAAUUUAAGAUACCAGGAACUGUGCUGUGGAAGGCACGGUGUUGACCUGACAUCUCUCGACCAUAUGCCAGGGGGAAAGAUUGAGAAGUACUUGGGCAACCUCGACUUCUUCUUUAUUCGUGAGGGUACGAGCAUACGAGAGGAAGGUGGCCUUAAUGGCUUCGUACAGGGCUUCAUGACUGAAAUCUUGGCAAUAGUACGAGCUCAUGUGGCAUCAUUAGGAGGCAAUGCAGUCGUGGCUUUUCAGAUGACUCAAUGUGUCUUGCUGCACAAUCCACACAAGAAUCAGGGACAGUGCUUAAUAAAUGUGGCAGGUGAUGCUGUGCUGAUCCAUUACCACUCACAGAUACCUGAUGCAGAAACAUCUGAAAACACAUUGUCACCCUGUUGAAAUAAAAAAAUGCUCUCUCAAA